AAGCCAUCUACUGUAGUGAGGCGUGUGUAGAGCGUUUGUAAAUCAACGGUGUGACUAUGUCUGAAACUGCGCCCGCUGUUGCAGUGACAGCAGCUGCUGCUGCAGCUCCUCUUCCAGCUUCAAAGGCUCCAGCUAAAAAACCGAAGAAGGCAGCAGGAGGACUCAAAGCUCGCAAGGCCGCGGGUCCCAGCGUGACCGAGCUGAUCACCAAGGCGGUGUCCGUUUCCAAGGAGCGCAAAGGGGUCUCGUUGGCCGCUCUUAAGAAGGUGUUGGCCGCCGGAGGGUACGAUGUGGAGAAGAACAACAGCCGCAUCAAGCUGGGGCUUAAGAGUCUGGUGAACAAGGGCAUCUUAGUUCAUACUAAGGGUGUCGGUGCCUCGGGCUCCUUUAAGCUCGGCAAAAAGUCGGGUGAGACCAAGGAAAAGGCGCCCAAGAAAAAGCCAGUGGCAAAGACUAAGAAACCCGCUGCCAAGAAACCCGCCAGCGCCGCCAAGAAACCCAAAAAGCCUGCGGCCGUGAAAAAGAGCCCGAAAAAAGCCAAGAAACCAGCUGCUGCAGCAGCCAAGAAAACGGUCAAGAGCCCGAAAAAGGUGAAACCUGCCGCCAAACCUAAAAAGGCAGUCAAGAGCCCGGCUAAGGCCAAAGCUGUGAAGCCGAAGGCGGCCAAGCCCAAGCCGACGAAACCCAAAACAGUGAAGGCUAAGAGGGGCGCGCCUAAGAAGAAGUGAAAUGGCGUGAGAUCUUUACCAUAAAAAAACCAACGGCUCUUUUAAGAGCCACCCAUCCCUUCCCAAAAAGAGCUGAAACUCCAGAUUCACUUAUGUCAUGGUGCCUUUUCAGUGAAAGGCAGAUAUUCCCAUUUCGCUUAGCCACAUGAGAAUCACAGUAAAGAAGAGGCAAAUAAAAUAUGUUUGUGCAUCAUUAAGAAGGAACAUGAAAGAGCCUCUGGAGAUAGUCUUUCCUUCUACUGUGUACCUUUCUUACUGUAAUUUUACCACUCCCGCUAGAAAUCAACCGGGGGGGGGGCGUAUUUCAAGUCUACGGGCAGGAGUUUGUUUAUGGAAAGAUAUUUACGAUCAUUACUCCUGUGUCAGCUUCAGUCUCUGUCGGAGGGGGAGGGAUAGAGAACAGGGUGUGAUAGGAAACGGCGAUUUAGAAACAAAAGUUCAUUUUCUGCCCUCUUUGAGAGUGGAUUUAAACCAGUUGAAGUUUAAAAAUCCCACUCUGUGCAAGGAUUGGCCAGUAACAACUAUUUUUUUCUUAAGGGGGAUUCAGUGUCAUAUAGACUCUCCUUCGCCCAUUCGAGGUGGGCGAUCUUGAGAAAACGACAAAUUAUCUCCCAGGGAUUUCUAUUUGGUUUCCAGUCAGAUUAAUCGGCUGUUUAUAUAUUGUUUCGUUCGCAACUGCAAAAAUAACCUGGAAAGGAAGAUGUGUGUAUAAUUUAUCAUUUUGUUAAUUUAAUACAACUCUCUCGUAAAUAUCCGAAUUCACUUUCUAAAGGGUGCUGUUAAUGAUUGUUGCGAAAGAACAGAAAGGGAUGGAUAAGUUAUUUUGCAUUAGCAUGUUUUCACUACACUCAGAGAAGGGACACAAGAAGCGAGACCUUUUCUUAAACCUCACUUUACUUCCUUAAUUUCCCUGGCCGGACAUCGUUGUGCUCUAACACACAACAACUUAAUAAAAAUACAGCGAAGAAAUGACACUCUGUGGCCUACGGUCCUACCACUUCUCUUUAGAGAGUUAAAUGAUUUACGAUAGGUUGAAAAGUUAUUGCCUGAACAGCCAAUGGUAAUGCGUAUCUAACUCUGACCAAUAGACAGGUAAAAUGUGCCGGAGGGGACGGCUCUUGAUUCUCAGGUCCAAUAAGAAAAGAGGAAAGGGAAACACCUAAUUUGCAUAAGGCUUCUAUAAAUAGAGGGGCGGCCGCCAUUAUUUCUAUACUGUUUGUCUGUAGACAUCCAGAGGUAGUAGUUUAGUGUUCGUCGAGUUCUUUAAGGCAGAGUAGUUUUUGUCAAGAUGCCGGAGCCAGCAAAAUCUGCUCCUGCUCCUAAAAAGGGAUCUAAAAAAGCUGUGACAAAGACUCAGAAGAAGGGCGAUAAGAAGCGUAGAAAGACUAGGAAGGAGAGUUAUUCUAUCUACGUCUACAAAGUGUUGAAGCAAGUUCACCCGGACACCGGUAUUUCCUCUAAGGCGAUGGGGAUCAUGAACUCUUUUGUAAAUGACAUCUUCGAGCGCAUUGCGGGGGAAGCGUCUCGCCUGGCUCAUUACAACAAGCGUUCAACCAUCACUUCACGGGAGAUCCAGACCGCUGUACGCCUGCUUCUGCCGGGGGAGCUGGCCAAACACGCCGUGUCUGAGGGCACCAAGGCCGUCACCAAGUACACCAGUUCCAAGUAAAUGGUUUGUUGUGAGACCACCUACACCUUUAACCCAAAGGCUCUUUUAAGAGCCAUCCACUUUAUCAUCCAAAGAGCUCUGAUAUCACUGAUUCCUGUUACUUGUGUUUUUCAAACUCUAACAAAACUUAUUUUAAAAAUAUUAAUGUGCUUUAGUAUCAAGUGACUUGUGAAAGUUAUUUUUUCAUUGCAUAUGCUCCCUAUAUCGUGGGGUGACUGAUUUCGCUCUAGUAAAUGUGGCAUUAAGUCAAUUUAAACUAUAUCAGGUUUCAGAAUGUUAAUGCAAAAUGUCGCUGUCUCUCGUUCUUCUUUUUUCUCCCGCUUCCAACCAAUAGUUCGGUGAGGUGUCACCCCCAAGAAAUAUAAAAUAUGGCUAAACGGUUUGUCCGGUAAAUAAAAAUUUGAAAUUUGAUCAGA